CGGGCCCGGCGCGGUGCUCCCUGGGAGCCGUAGUCCCGGCAGCCGCCAUUUCGCCGGCAGCGUGGGGGCCGCCGCCCGCCCUGACUUUGCGCCAUGGAGAGCGGCUUCGGCUCCGACUUUGGCUCCGAUUUCGGCUCCGGAGGUGGCGGGGGAGGGAAGCUGGACCCGGGGCUCAUCAUGGAGCAGGUGAAGGUGCAGAUCGCCGUGGCCAACGCACAGGAGCUGUUGCAGCGUAUGACCGACAAGUGCUUUCGCAAGUGCAUCGGGAAGCCCGGGGGUGCGCUGGACAACUCGGAGCAGAAAUGCAUCGCCAUGUGCAUGGACCGCUACAUGGACGCCUGGAACACGGUUUCGCGAGCCUACAACUCCCGGCUGCAGCGGGAAAGAGCCAACAUGUGAAGUGCCCUGGAGCAGGGAGGGACCAUGUGGGGAAGGGACAAGCGGCCAGUCCAGGUGGCUGGGGCAGGGAUCCUGCAGCCUUUGCAGCCCCCGCCAUGGCAGAGCAAUAAACCCUCGCUGAACCUUUUGCA